AUGAACCCUAAUUACAGGGAAAUUCUGAAAUAGAUUAUGGAUUUCAAGCAAGAAGGGACAAGAGUACUCAUAUCUGGCUUGCUCGUUAAGUUAAUUAUUGGGCUCUUCUUUGCAUGGCCAAUUUUACAAUCAUAUCAUGAAAUUUUAAUUGGAUAUAAAGACCUUAAUCACUAAUACAUCAUUUAUAUCAGCUAUGCUCUUAUGAUCUUAAUUAUGAAUUUGUUCAUACCUCAUAGUGACUUUUUCCUUAAGAAAUUAGGACCUCAAUCCUUAAUUUGCAUAUUUGUUAGUUUGAUUGGAAUGUCCUUUAUGAUGAUGGCUAUUUUUGAUUAGUAUUGGAUAAUCCACCUCUUACUUCAGCUGUUUGUGAUAGCCCCAUCCAUAGGAAUUCUGUACUCAACACCAUUUUUAACAACUUGGAGAUACUUUGUUAAAUAGAAAUAACACCUAAACUCAAUAUUCCAAAUAUUCAUAGGAUUAGGUGCAUUUUUUGCAUUACUAAUCUUUGAGUCGAAUUAAGCAAAUUAAUUAGAAUUGUAUUUUGAUAAUAAUCAAUAUUUCUGUGGAGAAUGCUUCAAUCUUUAAACAAGAAGGUCUCUAAGAGGACUUACAAUCUGGGCUUUUAUUUUAGGAAUCACAGCAGCUUUACUUGUUAAAUAACCAGAUGGAGAUAUUGCUGAUAGUGUUGUCGAUUAUGAUCUCCUCGCAUUUGCUCAUUUAGAUCUUAAAUAAUAAUAACACAGCCAACAUUCUUAAAACGAGAAUGAUUAAUCAUUCGAUUAACCAAUAACAUUUCCUUAAUCCCUAUCAACUAAGCCAUUUUAAAUAAUGUCAAUUUUAGUAGUGUCAUCAUCUCUUUUGCCAUACUUGAUAUUCUGUUAAUAUCAGAGGAUCCAAUCUGCUUUAGGUAUAACCUAUAAUAAAUCAUCUACCACAUUUUAAAUAUCGAUUGUGUUGUAUGGAUUUAUGAGGUUGGCCUAUAACUAUUUUAUUUCAGAUUUGCCAUACAAACUUGUAAUUAGAAGAUUAGGUUAAACAAAUAUGCUCCUAAUUCUUAUAUUUGUUGCUUCAAUAUGGUUUGAUAACACAGUGUUGAUUAAUGUUAUGUGUUCAAUUUUUACGGUUUCAUUAGCCCUUUUGUUCUCUGUGAUUAGUAGUUCUAUUCCUAAAAUUUUUGGAUCUAUGGCUAGUCAAGGAGUAUUCUCCUUUAUGUUGGCCAUCAUGGGUUUGAGUGCUAUUAUUUCAAAUAGUAUUUCUUACUUUUUUCCAGAAGGGAGCACAAAAAUGAUGUUAUUUUACUUUUCCAUUAAAGUAUUUCUUGGCUAGAUGUUUGUGUAUCGAGUUUCUAAAUGAUUCUAUUAAAAUAUAUCAAAUAAUUUGAGAAUUAAAUACUAA